AUGGCUCCAACUGUACUCGUCUGGCUCUGCCUUUUGCAUUGCUGCCUUCCCUUUGCCCACACCUGCCUGCAGUGUGAUCCGCUGGUGCAAGAAUUAAACAAUAACGUUUUAAAAGCAUUCUCCAAUGCAUCAGUGGAUACUGAUGAAAUUAUGCGCUACGUAAAUUACUUAUUUGCAAAGACCAGCAGAUACUCCUAUGGAGUAAUAGAUGCCACCACACUGUCGAAAGCGAGUGAGGAGUAUCGGGCAGAGAUUUCCAUGCUUCUGCGUGACGUUUCUCUCCAUGUUGAACAAGAAGGAAGGAAUGUCAUCAGUGACAUGCUAGACAAAGGGAAGAGAAUUCUACAAGAACAUCUGGAAACCUUUGUCCAUACAGGUCUUUGCCCAAACAGUUGCGGGUUGCUAAAUCAGAGAGUCAUAAACUGUGAGACCUGUGCCUCUCAGAUACGUACCUGCCUCUCUCCACUCGGCCGGGAUACCUGUGGCAAGCGUCACCUGGAAGCAGAGGAGGGAAGCUCUGCAGUAUUGGACUGCUCUUUGCCCUGGCACAACUUGGUGGAGGGAGACAAGUUGUACCAGUUCUCUCGGUACUCAAAUCCUGCCGCCACAUUUAUCGUGUUUACAGCCAGCGCUUCAUCAAGUGUGGUGCUGAAACACAUAAACUUACAUGACAAAGGAUUGUACCAGUGCCAUUUACUGGACAGCAACAACAAGGUUUUGACCAGCUUGAAAUACCAACUGACUGUCAAACCUUCAGCCCCCACCACACCUGCGCCCACGCCUCCCACGAUUCCUCCUCAUGACAGCGGCAGCCUCCCCGAUGAGCCUCCCAAAGAAUUGCUUGCUGCAUUUGUGGGUGCAGUGAUUGUCUUGGGUCUGGCUGGCUGCUGUGGCCUCGCAGUAGCUUUUGGCUUAGCGCUGAGACGAGGGCAGCUGGAUGAAACUGUGAUGGCGGAGGAGGGGAGGCUGCCAGACUGAGAGCAGAGACAACAGCCUUGCCCUGAACUCAAAAAAGAUGAAAGAAAUUAUCCUGGACUUUAGGAUAUAGAAGCACGGAGGCCACCACCCCAUCAGCAUCGGUGGUGAAAAGGUGGAGGUGGUUCAGUGCUUUCGAUUCCUGGGGGUUCAGAUCAGCUGUGAUCUGUCAUGGACCACAAACACUUCAGCCAUUGCCAAAAAAGGACUUAAGAGACUCCACUUCCUGUAUAUGUAUAUAUAUAUAUAU